AAUAGGAAACGAGACAGGCAGGGGAAUAGAUCCAACUCUCCUACUACAGCAGCAGCCACCCAACUACUCCCCUAAAAUCCACCCACUGCAGCCAUCGAAAGGCCACAAAAUGGCUCCACUCACUUUCCAGAAUGAAAGGCAAACGGUAAUGUAUCAGUAGGAGGGAGAGCCGCGCUGUGAUCAUCGUGUGUCCGUGAAGAUGAUGGAGAGACCGGGCACAGACAAGGAGGGCACCCGCGAUGUUGCACCGUCCCCUGCACGGCAAGACGCAGCGGAGCCAGAGAGAACUGUGGAGAUGAGUGGUGCGGUGAAAGAAGGGGCGGCCCUCAACCCCCCCUCUCGAGCUGUCCCGGUGAUUGAGCUGCUCAGGAGGGGGGAGGGAUCGGGGAAUAUAAAGGCCAGAGAGCUGAGACUGCAGAGCAUCAGGACCACUGAGCUGUGCAGAGCAACAGAACUGUGCAGAGCCCCACUCACCCCAACUACAGACCUGUGCCGACCUCCACUUACCCCGGCUGCUGAACUCUGCGGAGCAUCACUGACUCCAGCUGCAGAGCUGUGCACAACCCCAAGCUCCGUCACUCAACCGCCUCUCACUGUUACCACUGAGCUCUGCAGACCCCCGACCCUCUUGCCCAGCACCGGACCCCCAGCUGAACAAGCUCUAGAAGCCCGGAUGGUGCAGCUGAGUCCCACGGCUUCCCUCCCAUUGCAGGCAGCGGGCAGAACCAUGCUGUAUGGACUCAACCAGCCUCUGGCUUCGGCUAACAGUGGCUACUUUGAUGACUCAGAAACCUUCCCCAUGUACACCAGCAAUUCCAGAGCUAAGCGAAGACUUGGUCCCUAUGAAGUGGAAAUCACUGAAGGUCACCAAACAAAAGUGGUCAGACGCAUCUUUACCAACAGCCGAGAGAGGUGGAGGCAGCAGAACGUAAAUGGCGCAUUUGCUGAACUUCGCAGACUCAUCCCGACUCACCCACCAGACAAGAAACUCAGCAAGAAUGAAAUCCUUCGACUGGCAAUGAAAUACAUCAACUUUCUGGCCAAACUUCUCGAUGACCAAGAAGAAGAAGGCAACCAAAGGAAUAAAGGAAAUAAAAAUAAUGGAAUGGUUCACCAAGAACUGCUUCAAGAUAUGCUUUCUCCGAACUCUAGCUGUGGAAGUUCUUUAGACGGUGCACCGAGCCCUGAUAGUUAUUCAGAGGAACAUGAUACAUUGGACUCCAAGCACAACAGAAAUCUCCAUCAGGCCAUGCUCCCUGUAGAUGGCAAUGGACAGCAAUGAUUAAAUGAAGAUCAGCAUCAUUCCCAAUAGUUCCUCAUGGGUAUUGACUAUGACCCACUGGGCGUGGACCAGUGUUUUAUUGGUAUUGAUGCAUACUUUUGGGAUGAAGACAAUAUAUGAAUCUUUAAGGUACUUUAUUUAUAAUAAAAAAACAACAAUCAUCUUUAUAAUGUACAGACCAUCCCUUCAAUGCAACAAAAUCCAGUGUGCAAGAGGACUCUCAUGUUUAUAGAUAAGGUAUAAUGUAUUCCAGUGCAAGAAAGGUUCCUUCUAUGUAAUGCAACAUGUCGCUGCUUGAUAGCUAUCUGCACAUCGGAUACAAUGUCAACCCAGUUAAACAUAUAGCAUAAUCAUUUUUAUUGACAGAGCCUCAAGGUUGGAUUUUGGAACCAUUGAAAAAAAAAAACCCAAGCAGAAAUAUUUUUACUUGGUACCUGUUUAAGAGAAGGUACAUAUACAUACAUUUAUUUUGCAAUUGUUGUGUUCACAUCAGUAUUAUUUAAAAAAACAAAAAACAUUUGUCACAGUAUCUAUUAUUUGCAAGUUGUGGUUAAAAUCGACAUUUAUAAUGUAACAACUUUUAUAUUUUAACCGCAUUUGAAACUAAUGCAGUGUUAUGUUACAGAAUAUAAGUGUUCUCCAUUGACUUUGUAAAUGGCAGUGACUUUUUUUUAUUUUUAUCCUGAACAAAGUCUCAUUAUUCACAAGAUCCUGCAUUCAUUAGUCCAUGUUUAGUGCCAAAGACUCUAAAUCGAUGCUAUUAGUUGCCAUUUUGAGUGCAUAAAGAAGUAGCCCUUCUAUGGAUCAAAAUGUUAUUUGAAGUAUUAGUGUUGUUGUGUGGCCCUAUCCUUCUUACAAGGCAUUGCCCCAAGGUCCUAUAUGUUAAUGUUCAACAUCUUAGAUCACCUUCCUCCAAACAUCAUUCUUAGUUUCACUCAAUGAUUACUAACUUCUUCUAGUGUUUAAUGCUACAAAAGACUAAUCAAAAUGUUUCCACACCUCAACAGACCUACAACGACCAAGUAAAGAAUAUUAUCUUUAUAAAAAGAGUUAAUUUAUUUCCUGCUACUCCAUUACCAUGGAGUAGUUUAUAUUCUGCUAAUCAUAUGACUUGCAUAUUAGCAAAUUUAAUUACAUGAAGCUAUUCUACAGUCAUUAAAUCAGAAAAUAAUGUAUGAAAGUCUCUCCAAAAGUCAAUGCACUCAAGUGUCAGCAUAAAGCGAUCUUCUUAGCUUGCUGGACAAUUGUAGUAGUUACUGCAAACAUAUUCAAUCACUAUGUGAAAAUGUAUAGUAUUUUUGUCAAUAUUCCAUUAACAGUUUGCCUCCUGGUUUAUUAAUUUAGGAAGGUUAGACAUAGGGGGUUUAUGGCAAAGGGGGAUUUUCAUUGGAAUGUAACCGCCACUGUUUUCUACUUGUGCCCUGUGCCAUAGGCAUAUAAUUAAAUUUAUUAUUUUCUUAUUGAGCAAGCCUCAGCAGGAAUUCUAUGGAAUGGAAUUCUAGUGGGUAGCAUUGUUUCAGAAACCCUUAUUUUUUUUUAUUUUUUUGAGGGCAAAACAGAGUUAUAAUUUUGCUUUGCCAGCCAUGGACCAGCAACACCACAGUGUCUGAAGAGUGAUUGGCUGAGAGCUCAUUCACAUGAGAAUUCUGAUUAUUUAUGGCACUUCACUGACAAUAAACAGAAACCCAUUUCAUUGUGACAUAAUGGGCACCUUUUGCUCUUGUACAUACAGGUAGUCUUUGGUCAUGCAAUAAAAAAGGUACACUGACCUUAAUGGAUUUAUAAAAUAAUGAUUGCCUUGUUAUUAAUGCAGAUGAAUGUUUUGAGAUUUGCCUGGCUGUGUGCAGUUGGUAAAUUGAAAAGGUACAUAUAUUUCUUCUUUCGCUUACGCUAAAUCUUGAUGUUAAUGACAGCACUUUCCAUUAAUGUUGUACUGUUAGAGUAAGUCUUGAGUUUGGUUUCUGCAUUUUCUGCAGAACGUAAGUAACCAGGCCUGGUACCCAUUUAACCCUUCCUUUGCUCCAAAAGAAUGGGAAGGGUUAACUUUGUAAAGCCGUUUAGGCAAACAGUUAAUGCGCUAUUCAGAGAAAAAACAAUUUUUUUGUUAUAUAAUGUAAUAUUGAGAAAAUUCCUUAAUAAAAUAUCUGAAAAAUA